ACGAAGACGGAGGUCGGGUGGGGCCGCGACGAAAACGGUUGCCGGGGGGAUGGAGGCGGGAUGGCGCGAAUUGCGGGCGUUCGGGGCGUGCGGGUGUGGUUGUCGGCGAGCUUUGCGGAGGGGGCGGGGCGAGGCGAGGUUAUCCGGGGCGAGGCGAGGUUAUCCGGGGUGGGGGCGGUCUACAGACGGGUCUUAAUGUAGUACAGAUUUUCAUAAUUAUAAGCCGCCUGCGCUGCGCCGCCGGUUGCCCCCUCACUUCGCGUGCUCCAUUCCCAUCUCCCCCCUCCCUGCGCGCAGCCGCACACCACCAACACCUUUCACCAGACGCCGCCGCCGCCACCCCCCAUCCCUGUCCCGUCCCGCGCGCGGCCGCCACAUCCGUCCGGGCAUCCUCGUCUCCCCAGCCCCGCUGCCGCAGGGUUCAUCAGCAGAAGCUGCUUGCACCGCCGCCGCCGCCCUCUUCCUGUUCUACUGAUUUUGCUUCGGGUUCGGCUAAAUUUCGUCGGAUGGAUAUCGAUGCCAGCGCCAGCGUCAUGUGCCAGCUGCUGAGCCCCGAGGGAGACCCUCUAGGCUCUGCGCUCUAUCUGCCCCAGAACGUCGGGCCCCCGCAGCUCCAGGAGAUUGUCAAUCAGCUCCUCCACAAUGAGGAGAAGUUGCCCUAUGCAUUCUACGUUGGAGACGAGGAGCUCUCUGUCCACCUGGGUGCUUACAUGCGGCAGAAGAACGCCAAUGUUGAGGUUACUCUGCGCAUAGUAUGCCAACCACAAGCACUUUUCCGGAUCAGGCCGGUCAACCGAUGCUCUGCCACGAUUGCUGGCCACACGGAAGCUGUAAUUGCUGUUUCUUUUAGCCCUGAUGGAAAGAGUUUGGCGAGCGGUUCAGGUGACACCACUGUUCGCUUUUGGGACCUGAGUACACAGACUCCACUGUUCACAUGCAAAGGACACAAAAAUUGGGUUCUCUGUAUUGCAUGGUCACCUGAUGGAAAACAUCUUGUUAGUGGUAGCAAGUCGGGAGAACUUAUAUUAUGGGACCCAAAAACUGGGAACCAAUUGGGCACUCCACUUAUGGGACACAGGAAAUGGAUUACUGCUGUAUCAUGGGAGCCAGUUCAUUUGCAGUCUCCGUGCCGCCGCUUUGUAAGUGCAAGCAAGGACGGUGAUGCUCGCAUUUGGGACAUCACCACAAGGAAAUGUGUUAUUUCCCUUACAGGUCACACUAGUUCAGUGACCUGUGUCAAGUGGGGUGGAGAUGGUUUGAUUUAUACUGGUUCCCAAGAUUGUUUAAUCAAAGUAUGGGAAACUUCUCAGGGAAAGUUGGUCAAAACAUUGAAGGGUCAUGGGCACUGGGUGAAUUCGCUUGCUUUGAGCACGGAAUAUGUUCUCCGUACUGGAGCAUAUGACCACACUGGCAAGACAUUUUCGACUGCAGAGGAAAUGAAAGAGGCUGCUCUUGCGAGAUACAAGAAGAUGAGGGGUAAUGCUCCGGAGAGACUAGUUUCUGGUUCUGAUGAUUUUACAAUGUUUCUUUGGGAACCAACAAUUAGUAAACAACCUAAAGCUCGCAUGACUGGUCAUCAGAAGCUUGUAAACCAUGUUUACUUUUCCCCUGAUGGACAAUGGUUGGCAAGUGCAUCCUUUGAUAAAUCUGUCAAGUUGUGGAAUGGUAUCACAGGUAAAUUUGUUGCAGCAUUCAGAGGGCACGUUGCAGAUGUCUACCAGAUCAGCUGGUCUGCCGACAGUAGGCUUCUACUAAGUGGAAGCAAGGAUUCCACUCUAAAGAUCUGGGAUAUUCGAACACACAAGUUGAAAAUGGACUUGCCGGGCCACGCGGAUGAGGUGUACACCGUGGAUUGGAGCCCUGACGGUGAAAAGGUGGCGUCUGGUGGCAAGGAUCGGGUCCUCAAGCUAUGGAUGAACUGAUUGAUUAUUAUAUAUCUAUGCUUGGGCGAAUUAUAUAUUGUAGUGAUGAUAAUUUUGAAGGUAUACUGAGAUCAAUUAAUUGUACAAGAUCCAUGCUUGGCUCAAAACUGGAAGAAGCUAGCUGGAAAUCAUGAGUUCAGUUGGUGGUGCUCUUCUUCUUC